ACCAAGAGCUUUUAAAUGAAAAGGCCGAUAGCGAUCAGAAACGCAUAGCGGCGGAGGUGAAGCUCGCUGCUAUUACUCUGGAGAUGAAGGAGAAACACGAAGACUUACAAGAUGGACAAGAUCAGCACGCGAUUCGUGUCAGUGUCAAAGAGCGAGUGAUUCAAGAGACGUCAAAGGAAAUCGAAGACAAAACAGCGACCCUGAAGAAGCGUGAAGAGGAACUCGGAACCAGGACACUCAAGACUAGACGAAACUUUCCCGUCGUGGGACCUAAUGCGGACGUUUACGAUGCCAUUUAGUCUUUAGGUGACUGGAUGGAAGAUGGUAUGCACCAUUUCAACAAUCUGGCAGCCGGCAAGAAUAGACUAGAGCAAGCAGUUAAACGAUGGGAAGCGAAGUACUGCGAACCCACUAUCAAGAUUAUCAAAUUGCAAGCACACGUUCACGCGGAAAAGGAAAAGUAUCUUAAAGAAUACUUCAGGCAGAUGUGGGUGCUCAACGAGUUUGCGGAAAAAUUGAAACAGUCAGCUGCUAGACACGUAACAAUUGCACAGGCUCUGAGAGACGAACGUGCUGUCUUCGAUGAAGAGCAAGAGAAGUGGCGUAUGCAAAAGGCUCAGAUAUCAGAAGGUACUGAGCUCGAAGCUUUGCGAGAGCUGUGGCUUUCUACUCGAGGGGAGAGGGUAAAGGCUGAAGUAAAAAAGCAAACCGAAAUUGAAGUCCGGAGGACAAUGGAGCCCCAUAUCUGUGCCGAGUGUGCCAAAGCACAAGAAGAGGGUUGCAAAGCAGGCUAUGUGGCAGGAAUAUAUGAUGGUGUAAAAAAGGGUCACCUCGAAGGUCAAGUGUAUGCUGCAACUAUAUGGAAAGAGAGGGUCACGUCUGCUGAGAAAGUGUUAUGGAACAAUAGCUAUACCGCUGGUCGAGCUCAAGGUCACGCUGAUGGCAGAAGAGAAGGUUAUAACGUUGGUAUGUCCGAUGGUUGGCAGGUGGGAUUGGCAGCCGGCAAGGGAGAAGGAGCCAGAGAAGGUGGCGAAACAAAUGAGCAGAGUUAUGAGAGGGGCCGGGGUGAAGGACACUCUCAGGGCCACUACGAGGGUUACGCUAAAGGCUUCGCUCAAGGUCUUGAUGCAGUUGGACAGGAAGAAGGCGGUACCGCCUGAGAUUAUUGGCCCUGCAUGGCUAAGUCUGGAUCAUAAUCCAUUCGGGAAGUAAAAUGUCACAU